AUGGUGGUGAUGGUUCUGGUUGUGGUGGUAAUAGUUGAUGUGGUGGUAGUUGUGAUGGUUACAGAUGUGGUGAUGCUGGUUGUGGUGGUGAUGGUUGUGGUUGUGGUGGUAAUAGUUGAUGUGGUGGUAGUUGUGAUGGUUACAGAUGUGGUGAUGCUGGUUGUGGUGGUGAUGGUUAUGGUUGUGGUGGUAAUAGUUGAUGUGGUGGUAGUUGUGAUGGUUGUAGAUGUGGUGAUGCUGGUUGUGGUGGUGAUGGUUGCGGUUGUGGUGGUAAUAAUUGAUGUGGUGGUAGUUGUGAUGGUUGUAGAUGUGGUGAUGCUGGUGCUGGUCAUGCUGGUUGUGGUGGUGAUGGUUGUGUUUGUUGUGGUAAUAGUUGAUGUGGUGGUAGUUGUGAUGGUUGUAGAUGUGGUGAUGCUGGUGCUGGUGAUGCUGGUUGUGGUGAUCAUGAUGGUUGUGAUAAUGGUGGUUACCGUGAUUGUGAUUGUGAAGGUUAUUUUGGCGGUGGUGAUGAUGGUUGUGGUGAUAGUGAUGGUGGUAGUAAUGAUGGUGGUUUUGGUGAUGGUGGUGGUGGUGAUGCGGUUAUGUUGUAGUGGUUGUGAUAGUAUUUAUGGUGGAUCUGGUUGUGGUUGUGUUGUAGUUGAUGAUAAAGAUCGGUGUUGGUUGUUGUAA